UACGGAUGCGCGAGAAGAGUGAGACGGCAAGCACGUGAAGUGAGCCAAACUACAUUGGUGCUGUGUAACUGGUUUCGCAUGUUGUGCCGAUGCCGUGCUGUCUUCCUCACUCGCUAGUUCUUCUCUUUGUCCAUUGGCUAUGAAGGCAGCACUGUUUCUGUGUUUCGUUAGCCAAUCAGAGAACAGCAAUUCGCUGCAUUCUCUCAAUUUAAGAACCUCGUUGCUCCCGGAUAUGGUUCUUGAAUUGAGAGAUUACUGUAGUUCUAUAAAGAGGCACUGACGGCAGUACGGAUUUUUAAUCCGAUUCUUUGGAAGUUAACAUAUCAAAUAUGGCUACCGCAAUACAAAACAUGACUCGAUAAAAAUGAAGACGAAUAAGCAAGUUGUCGCUGACUCAACAACGUCAAUGUUUUCUCAUUAUAUCGCCUGUUCUUUCGUGCGACACGUCUAUUUAACCUAUAUCGCUCGCUCAUAACAAUAGUACAUUCUGAAUAAUCAUGUGUGAAAGCCAAGAAGGUACGGUCAACGACAGCUGUUCAAAGAAGGAAGAAAUCAUGGACGAGACUAACAGAGGUGUUAAAAUUCGUUAUCAAAAGCAACUUAUAUAUAAUAAAUUGUUACCCUAUGUGGAUGAGUUGGACUCGGAUUCACAAGCUCUUUUCGCCGAAAUCAAAGGAAAUUUAGGACGAGCUAUUAUGCUCCGUGAAUUGCAACCUGGUUGUGUCAUUUGGGUUACUAGGUUGUACGAGUAUAUAAAGAUAUAUGGUUUAAAGUUUAGUAAAGAAGACCAUAUUCUUUUGAUCAAAUUAAUGUAUGAACUAGUUACAAUUCCAGAUCUAGAACCAUAUGUAAUGAGUGGAUCUUGUUUGACGUUAAUAUCAUUAUUAAAGAAAAAGGCACUAAUAUCUCCAGAAGAGCUAGAACUACCAUGGGAACCUCUUUACAAAUUAGCUUGUCAUAUGCAAUCAAGUGCACAGACGUCAUUGGGGAUGUAUCGUUAUUCUGCUGGCUUAACAAAUACAUUAAACAUACUUGUACAUGCUGUAAAGCCUUAUUUUCCUUUAAGCACAACACAGGAGAUAUUAGAUGAAUUGAGACCAACACUAUAUCCCCUCGAUCGUGCACCAAUGUUUAUGAAAAUGGAAUUGUUAGAAUGGUUUUUACCAUUGCAAUUAUCUCCUAAAUAUCAUUCGAUUGGACAUGAAUUAUGGUUUAAUGAAUUCAUGUCUUUAUGGGAAGUCUGUAAUAAUGCACCAAAAUGGGAAAACGAAAUGAUGAAUUUAAUGGCAAGAUUGGCUUCCUACAACAUUGGUUACAUAAACUGGGAACCAUAUAUUCCAUUAAUGUUCACUAGAUUUGUGAGAUCUUUGGGAUUACCAGUAGCAUACAACAAACAGAGGACAUCUAGUUGUCACAAACUAGAUACUAUGGCUAUAUGGAUAGUAUCAGUAUUGGGACAUGGUUCAAGUGCACAAAUGUAUUUCGAAAAAUUCUUGAAAACAAUAGAUACAUACCUUCAUCCAGCCAACUGUGGUCAAUGGUUGGUAAGGUUAAAGGAUCUCCUUAUGAAGCUUUCAUAUCACUUUAUCAGACGUCUGCGCAGAGAACGCUAUCCUAAACCAACAUGGGAGACACCUGUGCCUGACGAGUACAAAUUAACUGAUAGCGAUGUCGAUGCAUUCGUUAAAAGCAUGAUGCCGGUAGCUAUGACGGCCAUGUUCAGCAAAACAGGUUUUAGCAAUGUUUCUGAAAUAUUAUAUCACCUUGCUUCUAUGAGACCCAGUUUAGUCAUUCACGAUGUGUUAGAGAAUGUGUCUCCUGUAUUGGGCUCGCUUACAACAGAAUCGUACAAACUGUAUACAUCAUUAAGCUACUUGGAAGCUAUAGCUGGACCAAUGGUUGAAGGAUCUAGAAAUGUUAAUAAAGGGUAUACAUACCCUGAAGGACCAACGCAUGUUCUACCAUUAUUAUUUUUACUGUUGCCUGGUAUCGAUCCAAGCGACACAGAAAAGUGUUGCAUAAUUUUUCAUCUAAUUGCAUUUUAUGUCGCCUAUAUACCAAUCGCGGAUGCUCCUGAUCCAUCUACGGCAAUGGAUGAAGAGGAAACAUUAAUUUAUGAGACAACCUCCAAAUUCGAAGACUUUGUCUUACAAUUUUUUGAUAGAGUAUUUUAUUUCAUUGAUGCCACCUCCUUGGAAUCAGUUCGAUUAGAGAGUAGUACCGACAAUAGCAAAAGUAAGAUAGAGGUAGUUAUUCAAACUGUACUCCAUGAAGUCUGCUCAAUUGUGUUGGCCCAGACUAAUCAGAAGAUUUUUGAAUGCGCUUUGCACAAACUGCGUGCGUUCGUAACUGAGCAUAUUCUUGAAACUAAAGUCGCUGGACAAUUGGCCGCAUUGAUAUGUAAAUUAUUCGCCCGUGUCAAUGGAGAAGCAACGUUGCGUUCAUUGGUACCCCUACUUUCGGAAACUAUUCUGAAGAUCACAGACGAAAGUAAUGACAUUACUAAAGAAGAGAAUUUGGACAAUCGUCUUUUGUAUGUUAUGUUAUUGUUAUCUGCUCUCGUGGAUACUCGUGGGAAACACUUGCUGCCACAUAUGGAUCAAUUGACUACCGUUCUUGAUCGAGUGCUAGUUUUAAAGUCAAGAGAAGGAAACAAUUUGGCUUUCACAUUGUUAGGAUCUAUUAUGUAUUCGUUGUCUCAAGUUUUACCAGAUCGAUUCGAAACCACUGAGGUUAUACAUUGGGGCCAGAGAUUGGAAAUUAAUUCUUUGAAAAUUGAAUGGUACAUUCCCGAGGAAAAAGAAAUGACUGUAUUAAAGCAAAUAUUCUAUAAGUAUUUAUUGCCUGAAAUAAGUAAGCUACAGAAAUAUUGUGAAGACUGGAAAACAUUAUCAAGGGAUGAGCUGCUGACUAGUUUGAACAUUGUGAACAGUAUUGUUCAAGGUUGUGAAUCCGUAUUACCGUUAUGGGAAGAGGAACCACUAAUUUUAGUGAAAUCAUCUUUAAAGUCUGUGCCCUUUAAACCAACGAUUGGCGUACGUCAAAUAAUCACAAUGCCAGAUGGUAGCAACGUAAGACGCUUUAUCGUAGAACUUAUGAAUAAGUUUCAGAAAGUGAUACUGAAGCAUGUAGAAGAUGAUACAAAAAGUUUACAAGUUUUAGUGGAUAUUUGGAAUAGACUUUUAUUGGGGGAGAUCCACCGUAUCGAAGAUUGUGACAUAAGACGUAGGCAUUUUAAAGUCGCGAACAAACUUUUCAAAAAUAAAUUAGUAGGAAAUAAAGGAUUAUUGAAGCCGUUUGUACUGCAAUGCGCCGAUAUCCAACACGACACGCGUGUACGUUCGCAGGGCUUCAACUUAACGCAAACUCAUAAAGAGAUUAUGCUACAACUUUUUACAUUAUCCACCAGCAGAUACGCUGAUGUGCGACAACAGGCUCAAUAUCAUCUAUUUCGCGCUCUUAGAUAUUUCAGUUACUCUUAUACGUUUAUUGUACCAGAAUUAAUUGAUAUAUUAAAAAAGGACGCAGAGGAGUACCACGACGCGCAUAAGGGUGCUUUGUAUAUUUUGUUCAGUUCUUCAGAAGAGUCUAUCAUAAUGAAAUGUGAUUGGAAAACGCUACGAUCUUUAUGGCCAGCUUUAGUACUGUCCAAGAUAUCCGAAAAACUAUCUGUGGUGCGAUUGAAAGAUAUUUUAGUGCAUUCUGUGAAUAAACGUUUUCCCACGUUUGCCAUUUCACACGAAAUACCAGAAGCUUGUUUAACAACUGCAUCCAAGUUAUGGACAAGUGAACCGCGACCAAAUUUUCCUUUGCCAACCGAGAACGAGAUAGAACAAGGCUUGGAAGCAUUUAAAGAGGUCGGAAAGAAUAAUUUAGCUUAUUACACCGGCUUGAUGGACGAACUAUUGAACGCUCUUCUGGAGAAGAAUUUGCACUGGAGACAUCGAUUGAUGGCGAUGUAUUUCAUCCGAAAUUUAGUUCACCCUGAACAGAUCUAUCCACCGAAAGUCAUUCGUUAUUUCAUGGGAGCGUUGAUACACGAUUCAUUACAAGAAAGACAAAUCGCUACCAGAGUAGCCGUAUACAUUUUGAAACAAUUGAAACGGAAACAUCCAAAAGUACUUAUCGAUCCUCCUGCUUUGCCAGAGAUAAGUGAAGCGCAAGAUUCGCAAGAUCAGUACAAGAAAUUGGUACCAGGACCAAGACCAGACAACGCUUGGCUACAAUAUAAUUACGAAACUCGUCCUCUGACCCCAGAACAAUGGGAUGAGCCUAAAUUCGUUCACAACACGUAUACUGGAUAUUACACGUGGCCAAAGAAGAUAGAAAUAUACGCGCCGUCGUCUGAACAACCGUGCUUAGAUUCGAAUGUUCGAAAGUUAACGGAACACGAGAAAGAAGUAGAUCACUUUUUCAAUGACCCACAGAAUAUUGAGAAACUAAUAACGUUUUUCAGUAUCGAAGAGAAAGUUGAUAAAUUCAAUGGUCUUAGAUUUUUAGUUUUCAAAGGUGUCUUUCGUAACCAUGGAAUAGUGUACUUGAAGCAAUUUUUACCACAUUUGUACAAGCUAGUUGAGGACAAACAGAAAGGUAGCCAAAGAUGCGCGUCUGAGAUAAUCGCUGGAAUUAUUCGAGGCUCUAAACAUUGGCCAUUCCACAUGGUUUCCGAAAUGUGGGAAAAUCUGUUACCAAUUAUAAGACACGCGAUAUCUAAUGUAACGGUUGAAUCUCAAAUGGAUUGGGGCCUGUGUUUUGCAAACGCUCAGCGACACAGAGAUCCAAAUAGACACCAUUGGUUAUUGGAAUGCUUAAUGGAAGAAUCACAUCUUGGUGAUUCGGAGGCGUCUUUUGUCGAAUGUGGACGUUUGCUUAUCCUGCAGGCGGCACUCGAUGAACAAUCGUGGCGAGUUUCAGAAUUGUUACAACGUCUGCUAGAACGUACAGAAGAUAGGCUGCUAGCGAGUCCCUUUGAGAAUGUGAGAGGAAGAUUGGGUUCCGUUUUAGUGAGCGUAUUCAACGUGAGCUUCAGGUUUCCAAAUUCCUCAAGUAAUCAGUGGACACCCAGAGUAGAGGAUUUAGUAAAUAAAAUACUACCGAGAUUGCAAACUCUUGUCACCGAAAGUGCUUUAGUAUCAAGUAAGGAAGAACACUCUUUAUCCGCUCAGGUAGCAAACGUUAAUUUCAAUGAUUCCUCUACGGACUCUGAAAAAGUCGCGAAGGACCGUGAGAUAGCGAUUCGAUUGUUCAAAACAGUUUGCAAAUGGAUCUCAAUUACCGUCCUCCGUUCUCCGAGUGGUAUACAGCCAGAGUUUUAUAAAAUAUUUCCUAUUAUAUGUCAACUUGAAAAUUGUGACACAGAUGAGGAAUUGGCCAAAUUAUGUACCCAUACUUUAGCAUUACUUGCACAAGGGCUCACUCUACCGCGUGACUUGCCACUAGUCUUAGACAAAGUAGUGAGCAUGUCGAAGCACGCGUCGUGGUGGACGAGGUCCACUUGUUUGCAAUUCCUUCAAGUAUUGAUAUUUCAUAAUAUCAGUACAUUUUUAAGUAACUCCGCGUGGGUCAGUUGCGUGAAGGAUACAGUCAUAUAUUUGUUGGAAGAUGAACGCGUUGAAGUGAGAAAAAGUGCUGGCCAAUGUCUCAGUGGACUGUUGCAUUGUACGUUUAUACCAAACCAAGAAAAAUUAUUGGAGGAGUUUAAGAAGAAAGCGAAAACCAAAUUGUAUAAGAAAGAUAAUUUAAAUCAGCAGAAGGAGACAGCAAGGAAGGAAUUAAAAAUUGAUGCUAUAAGAAUUCGUCAUGGAGCUAUAUUAGGGCUAUGUUCAUUCAUUCAAGCCCAUCCGUAUGAUAUUCCUGACUAUGUUCCAUCAAUUUUUGAAUUCCUCAGUCCUUUCAUGAAUGAUCCACAACCAAUACCGACAACGAUUAGGAAGACUCUGGAUGAUUUUAAGAGAACCCAUUAUGAUGGAUGGAGAGGGAUAAAUGGGUAUUCGCAACAUUUCACACAAGAACAAUUAACUAUAUUGCAAGAUUUAACGAUACCUCCGCCCCAUUAUUCUUAAUAGAAGUAUUUCAGUUUGUAUCAUAUGUUUCCUAUGGUUGUUAUAUAGCAUUUUUUACGUGCAAUUCUGCACGCUGAUCAUGAAACAUAGUUUUAAUCACAAGAAUCAUAAUCGCGAGAACGAUUAUGAACAAACAAAAAAUAAAACUUCGUUUAUAGUAAUAACAAUGUAAUUGGACGAAAAAUAUUUAGAGAAUACUUAAUUGGUGUUGUACAAUGAAAAUAUAAUACGUUUAUUAAAAUUUAUUUGUUGCCGUGAAGAAGGAAAUAGAAAAUGAAAUUACAAGUUUUUAAUUAAAGCUAUGAAAGACCAAGUAUGGAGACUAUACCAGUGUUCAGAGGAAUUUAAAAAAUGGUAAUGUUUAUACUAAUUACUAAUUUUAAAUUUAUCGAAAGUUGUUAUUUAUGCUCGUGUAAUAUUGAUUACAAAUGAUUACAGUUCUAUUGACGAGACAGUUGUACGAACUCUCCUUUUUAUAUCAAACUAAAUGCUAUGUACAAAAAAAAUAAAGAAAAUUAAUGUACUGUGUACAAAGCAAAAGAAAUC